GCUUCGCGAACGGAGCCUUCUCAGGACCCGUAGCGGCGAACGGCUGUCAGCUGAGCGCUGUCACAUGAUCUUGAGUCCCUGCUCUCGCUUCUGUGUACUCCGCGGCUGAGCCUGGGUCACCCGCUGCGGCAAAUUUCAGGAACUUCAUUGCUAGUCUGAAGAAGGGAAGCGAGUAAGCGAGGCCAUCAGCCCGGUAGUCUCUUCUUGCUCCUCCACCAGGUGAAACAAUGAGAAACUUCCAUGGUGCAACUGAUGUCAUGUCAAUUCAUCACAUGUGUUGAGGAUUUAAAUCAAGUUCAAGAUGGAUAUCCGGGGUGCUGUGGAUGCUGCUGUGCCCACCAAUAUCAUAGCUGCUAAAGCUGCUGAGGUCCGGGCUAAUAAAGUGAAUUGGCAGUCAUAUCUUCAAGGACAGAUGAUUUCAGCUGAAGACUGUGAAUUUAUUCAAAGAUUUGAGCAGAAAAGGAGCCCGGAAGAGAAACAAGAGUUGUUACAAACUGAAGGCAGCCAGUGUGCGAAGACAUUCAUAAACCUGAUGACUCAUAUCUCCAAGGAACAGACAGUUCAGUACAUCUUAACUAUGGUUGAUGAUAUGCUGCAGGAAAAUCACCAACGUGUUAGUAUUUUCUUUGACUAUGCAAAACGUGGCAAGAACACUGCAUGGUCCUACUUCCUACCAAUGUUGAAUCGUCAAGAUCAUUUCACUGUGCAUAUGGCAGCCAGAAUAAUUGCUAAACUGGCAGCUUGGGGAAGAGAACUGAUGGAAGGCAGUGAUUUAAAUUACUAUUUCAACUGGAUUAAAACCCAGCUUAGUUCACAGAAAGUGCGUGGUACUGGAAGUGCUAAUGAAUCUGGAACUGAUAGUUCACAAUAUGUUCAGUGUGUUGCUGGAUGCCUACAGUUGAUGCUCAGGGUCAACGAAUACCGCUUUGCAUGGGUGGAAUCUGAUGGGGUGAGCUGUAUAAUGGGAGUGUUAAGUAACAAAUGUGGUUUCCAGCUUCAGUAUCAGAUGAUUUUCUCUAUCUGGCUGUUGGCAUUCAGUCCUCAAAUGUGUGAAUAUUUGCGGCGUUAUAAUAUCGUCCCAGUCCUGUCUGAUAUCCUUCAGGAAUCUGUGAAAGAGAAAGUAACCAGGAUCAUCCUGGCAGCAUUCCGGAAUCUUUUAGAAAAAUCUACUGAAAGAGAAACUCGUCAAGAGUAUGCUCUUGCCAUGAUUCAGUGCAAAGUUCUAAAGCAGCUGGAGAACUUGGAUCAACAGAAAUAUGAUGAUGAAGACAUAAGUGAGGAUAUCAAGUUCUUGUUGGACAAACUUGGGGAGAGUGUCCAGGACCUCAGUUCAUUCGAUGAGUACAGUUCUGAGCUCAAGUCAGGAAGACUAGAGUGGAGUCCUGUUCACAAGUCUGAGAAGUUCUGGCGAGAAAAUGCUGUACGAUUAAAUGAAAAGAAUUAUGAACUAUUGAAAAUUCUGACAAAACUUCUGGAAGUAUCAGAUGAUCCUCAGGUCCUGGCUGUAGCUGCUCACGAUGUUGGAGAAUACGUCAGACACUAUCCUCGAGGAAAACGAGUUAUUGAGCAGCUUGGUGGAAAACAGCUUGUAAUGAAUCACAUGCAUCAUGAAGAUCAGCAGGUUCGCUAUAAUGCCUUACUUGCAGUGCAGAAGUUGAUGGUCCACAACUGGGAGUAUCUUGGGAAACAGCUACAGUCAGAACAGCCUCAAACAGCCACAGCACGAAGCUGAGAUGCUACUUUGGUGGGUUUAACUGGAGUUACAGUAGUGACCUUGAAGUGCGAUGUGAUUGCAAUCCUCACUGCCUGCCCUGCUAUUGUGUAGAUUUCUUCUUGAUUAUUCUUCCAGUAUUGCUGCCUGGAGUAAAACUUCAUGUCUAGUGAACAGGUUUCUGAGUUUGCUAGCUGAUGUCCUUCUGUAUUGUGAAAAUAUGCAAGAAAUAUAGCUGAUAUAUAUUGCCUUUAUUAUAUGUAUUUAUUGUCUCCAAAUAUGACAAAGCAUUAAAGAAUAAUCAUUCCAUAUCA